CUGUAUGGACAAAGUACCACCGAAAGCUAACUCGCAAAGCUCUCAAUACACUUUCAUUUCAUUUCACUUAGUCAAAAGAGAAACCAUAGCGAAAAACAGGUCCAUUAAUUCAAUCAUAACCAGAUCAAGAAACUAUAUAUAAUUCAAUCAAAGCUCUAAUCACCACCACCACCACCGCCUGCCACCUUCUCCAUCACCAUGCAGCCAGAGAACCCAGACCUCUACCAGUUCCUGGCCGAUAACGGCUUAAUCAACGUCGUCGGUCCUUAUAACUUUCCGGCAUCCGGCGGUGGCUCCGGUGAGCAUCAUAAUUAUCAGUUCUCGUCGAUGCAAAGCUUUUGUAGCUCAUCCUCUUAUUACCCUUACUCCAAGGGUUCGACCGGAACCUGUAGCGACAGCAAUACGACGGCUCCUCACGACAGAGCUCUUGCCGCUUUGAAGAAUCACAAAGAGGCUGAGAAGAGAAGGAGAGAGAGGAUUAACUCUCAUCUUGAUAAGCUCAGAAGCCUUCUUCCUUGUAAUUCCAAGACAGACAAGGCUUCUCUCCUAGCAAAAGUAGUUCAACGAGUAAAAGAGCUGAAAGAGCAAACAUCUGAGUUGACCGAACUGGAAAGCUUCCCUUCUGAAACCGACGAGAUCACAGUGAUUUCUUCUGGAGAUUAUUCGCCCAUAGGUGGCGAAGGGCAACUUAUAUUUAAGGCCUCAUUGUGCUGUGAGGACCGGUCUGAUCUCAUACCAGACCUAAUCGAAAUACUAAAGUCCCUCCACUUGAAGACACUCAAAGUGGAAAUGGCCACACUUGGAGGGCGAAUUCGCAAUGUUCUUAUGGUGGCUGCUGAUAAAGAACACAGCAUUGAGUCUGUCCAUUUCUUGCAGAAUGCUUUGAAGUCUCUUCUUGAACGAUCCAAUUCAUCGGAAAGAUCGAAAAGAAGGCGUGGACUAGACCGUAAAAUAGUCAUCUAAUUAGUCAUUCAACUUAUAACAUUAAUUACUAGUUUUUAUGAUAUGUUUUCGUCUUUAUUUUAUCUUUAAUUAUAUAUGUUUCAAUAUAUGUCUUAAUUAUUAAUUAAUUAAGCUGGCAGGGUUAAAAACUAAUGUUUGAGGGUUCGCUUUAUUAGUUGGUGUUAAAGAAAAAAAAAGAGAAAGAGGAAAGUUAAUUAUAAUGUUCGGGGAUGUGAUUUGAUUUGA